AUGAGACGUGCUGGUCUUUUGUCCGCAUUAGCCGCUGUACCUUUCGUCGCUGCUCAGGCUCCGGAAUGGGGCCAAUGUGGAGGCAUUGGUUGGUCCGGCGCAACGACUUGCGUUUCUGGGACUGUCUGUACGGUGCAAAACCCUUACUACUCCCAAUGUCUUCCAGGAGCAGCAAGCAGCAGCUCCUCCCCUUCCCUCCCAGUAUCCACCACUUCAUCACGGUCUUCGACAGUUGUUCCACCUACCUCGACGUCAGCUUCAGCUCCAGCGUCUACACCCACCGUGACAGGCUUCGUCAAAACUUCCGGACAAAAGUUUACCCUGAAUGGAGAAGACUAUAUCGUUGCAGGGACGAAUGCGUAUUGGUUGGCACAAGUUAGCGAUGAGGAUAUCGAUACUGCAUUUAAUGAUAUUGCUGCUGCUGGAUUGACUACUGUGCGCACUUGGGGUUUCAAUGAUGUAACUUCCUCACAAAACUUUGGCGCAUACUACCAGCUAUGGCAGAAUGGUAUUGCGACGUUCAACACUGGUGCCAACGGUAUCUCACGCUUCGACUCUGUCGUUGCAUCUGCCAAGGCCCAUGGUAUCCGACUCAUCGUCGCGCUGACGAAUAACUGGUCAGACUAUGGUGGUAUGGACGUCUACGUGAACCAGCUCAACCCCGGAGGAACACAUGAUACGUUCUACACGAACCAGAAAGUCAUUGCUGCGUAUGAGAAUUACAUUACGGAGUUCGUUGGACGGUACAAGGAUGAGUCGACGAUUAUGGCCUGGGAGUUGGCCAAUGAGCCGCGCUGCUCGGGUUCCACAGGCAGUGCAUCCGCUGCGUGCGAUACGACAGGCUCGACGAUCAAAUCUUGGGCAACGACUAUCAGCAAGUUUAUCAAGUCUAUUGACUCUAACCAUCUGGUCGCUAUGGGUGAUGAGGGUUGGUUCGAGCUAGCGAACCCUCCGACGUACCCUUACGCACCUGGUGUCGGGAUUAACUUCACAUCGAACUUGGAAAUCGAGACCCUCGACUUCGGAACUGUCCACUCAUACCCUGAGAGCUGGGGUCAAGCUGCUAACGAGUCCGCAUGGGGAGUCCAAUGGAUAGCUGACCAUGCGACAGCUCAAAAGAACGCAAACAAGCCCGUUAUUCUCGAGGAAUUCGGUGUGACGACAAACCAAGCAACGAUCUACACCGGAUGGUGGAAUGAGAUCACUUCUUCAGGUCUUACGGGUAACCUGAUAUGGCAAGCUGGGUCUCAACUCUCGACGGGUCCGUCGCCGAACGAUGGAUAUGCUGUGUACCCGACCGGGACGGUUUAUCCGAUUAUGGAGAGUGCGGCUGCUGCGCUUAAGGCGAGAGGGUGAUACAGGUCUGUAUUAUGUGGGACUACGAAGGGGUAGUCUGGUAUUAGAAGGACGUGUUAUGCAACUUACUUCGGGGUAGUCGUUUGGGGAAUUCGUACUUUUCUUGCUGUUUAAGCACGAAUCUAUUGCCAUGAGAGCUUUUCUAGUAGAUAGGUUACUGGUGGGAUGGACCGAC